CUUCGUCGUUAUCAUCUCGAUCCGCAGGAGACAGGCCAAUAAAUUCUCCACUGGCGGCUUCACCGAGUCCCAGAAAGUACCUGGGAUGUGUUAUCUGAACGGAGGGAAAGAGAAUCUUUGGUUAGAGCCAAAGUGGCGACGUCAUGGACCAGGAGAGCCAACGGGGAAUCCAGGGGAGGACUCGGAAAAAAAGGCCCUGAAUGGACACGGGCUGGAUUCCAGCGAACAGCAGCUUCUCUUAACCGGCGGGAAUCCCUCCAAUACCCCGAUACCGUAUGCAUCUACAGCGGUGAUCCAGUCGUAUUUGGAGUCGAGGAGUCUGAUCCACUCUGGAAACGGGUCCCCUAGCCCUGUUCCGGAUGUCCUUCUCUAUGACAACGCCGGUCAAUUCCGACCGGGAUCUCAUUCCGGAAGCUCCUGCAAAGGCCGGGCUCCAACACUUAUGUCCUUCGAGAGAUACCCUCAGCGUGGAUCCAAGAGAUCACUUACCUCGACGGGAUCUCAAACUCGAAGGGAUAAUAAUAACGAAGUCGGAGGAGUCGUGCUUGACUGGUCCGAAAUCAUUCCACCCCCACCUCCCCCCGCCCCC